ACUACCUCUCCAGUCAUUAUUUACAUAUAGACAUGCAUGUGUCAGAUUUUGGAUGAGAGCACUCCAGGCCACCACAGCAACAGAAGCCUUCGAAAGAUACCCAUGAUGGAGAGAGAGGAAAAGGAAAAGGAUGCAGUGGAAUUUCCUCAAGAGAAACGAAAGAACCACUUUCGAAACUGCCAGCGUUGCCUCCCACUUUGGAUAGUCUUUGUACUGUUGGGUGGAGCAGGUGCCAUAACUUGGUACUUCUUAGAUUACAGACCCCGGCAUCUUCUUGAGUCAAGUCCCCUACAUUUCUAUUCUGGCAGUCUGAGAAUUAUCAAUCGGCAAUAUUCCCUGGAUCAUGGAUGGAUGGAAUCCAGAGCCUUCUGGGCAGAGACAAGAAAGACACAGAAAAUGCUCAAAGACCUUAUUCAUGCCACAGAUCUGUCUCCUUACUACAAUUCUAGUGCUGUUUAUGCCUUUGGGGAGGGAUCCCUCACCUGCUUCUUAUGGUUUGCUCUUCGAGUCCCAACAAACCAGCGUGAUGAGAUGACUGCAGAGAAAGUGAAAGUCAAACUUGAUGCAGAACUUCUCACUACCUUCAAUAAAACAAGUCACAUGUCCUUUCAGACUGAAUACCAGGUUGAUCCCAAAUCCUUGGUUUUGCUAGAUUCCAGUGUGAAAGACAUAAUAGUGCUGAAAUCCACAUUGGGCUGCUACAGAUACAGCUAUAUCAGGGAGGAUACAGUCUUAAAGCUGAAGGGACCAGACUUUCUCGCCUCCAGCUGCCUUUGGCAUCUUCAUGGCCCCAAAGAUCACAUGAUAAAGCUACGCCUGGAAUGGACCCUCCCAGAAUGCAGGGACCGGCUGGCCAUGUAUGAUGCAGCUGGACCUCUGGAGAAGCAGCUCAUCACAUCGCUGUAUGGUUGCAGCCGCCAGGAGCCGGUGGUAGAAGUCCUGUCUUCUGGGCCCAUCAUGUCUGUGGUGUGGAAGAAGGGAAUGUACAGCUACUAUGAUCCUUUCAUACUAUCUGCCCAGGCUGUGCCCUUGGAAGUCUGCCAGGUGAAUCUAACUCUGCGGAAAAGCUGGGAGUUGCAAGGAAACAUCAAGACUCCUUAUUACCCUAGUUACUAUGCACCUAACACCCAGUGCACUUGGCAUAUGAUGGUGCCAUCUCUAGAAUAUGGCGUUGUUCUUUGGUUUGAUGCUUAUACUCUCAGAAGGCAGAAAUACGACCUCCCGUGUACUCAGGGACAAUGGACCAUCCAGAACAGAAGGUUGUGUGGCCUACGGACUUUGCAAGCCUAUGCUGAAAGGAUCCCUGUGGUGUCCAGUGCUGGUGUCACCAUCAAUUUCACUUCCCAGAUCACCUUAACUGGGCCUGGUGUUCAGGCUGCUUACAGUCUAUAUAAUCAAUCAAAUCCCUGUCCAAGAGAAUUCCUUUGCUCAGUGAAUGGACUAUGUGUGCCAGCUUGUGAUGGGAUUGAGGACUGCCCCAAUGGACUAGAUGAGAGAAAUUGUGUUUGCCCAGGAAAAUUCCAGUGCCAGGAAGACAGCACCUGCAUUGAGUUCUCUAAGGUCUGUGAUAAGCAUCUAGACUGUGCCAAUGGCAGUGAUGAAGAGCAAUGCAAUGAAGGGGUUCCCUGCGGACUCUUCACUUACCAGUGUGCUGAUGGGAGCUGUGUGAAGAAACCCAAUCCUCAAUGUGACUCCGUUCCUGACUGCAAGGAUCGAUCUGAUGAAAUGCACUGUGAGUGUGGAGAACAGGAGGUCCCAACAAACCGGAUUGUGGGUGGUACUCAUUCUGCGGAAGGGGAAUGGCCAUGGCAAGCUAGUCUGCAGGUUCGUGGGCAUCAUGUUUGUGGUGGAACUCUGAUUGCAGAUCGCUGGGUGAUUGCUGCCGCUCACUGCUUCCAGGAAGACAGCCAGGCUUCUCCUACGGUUUGGACCAUCUAUCUUGGCAAGCAAUUUCUGAAUGUCAGCAGUCCCAAUGAGGUCUCCUUCAAAGUGAGCCGUAUUUUGCAGCACCCCUACUAUGAAGAAGAUAGCCAUGACUAUGAUGUGGCACUGCUGCAGCUUGACCACCCUGUCAUUUAUUCUGCCUUCAUCCGACCUAUUUGUCUGCCUGCUGGUUCCCAUCUGUUUGAACCUGGCCUCCUGUGCUGGAUCAGUGGCUGGGGGGCAGUCAAGGAAGGAGGUCACACUAGCAAGAUCUUGCAAAAAGCAGAUGUUCAGCUAGUGCAGCAGGACAUCUGCAAUGAGGCCUAUCACUACCAGGUCACACCAAGAAUGCUUUGCGCUGGCUACCAGGAUGGAAAUAAGGACUCUUGUCAGGGUGACUCUGGAGGACCUCUUGCUUGCCAGGAGGUUAGUGGCAAGUGGUUUCUAGCUGGUGUGGUAAGCUGGGGAAUUGGAUGUGGACGUCCCAACCACUAUGGAGUCUACACCAGGAUCACCAGUGUGAUGGGAUGGAUGAAGCAAGCAAUGUUGAGCUGA